UAAACUACUAGUUACCGCCUCCGGAACGUCACUUCCGCUGUACACACACACACAGAGAACAGUCUCCAGGCGGGUGGAUAGGUCGUCAGUGACGGGAUGUAGAGCGGCCCCGAUGCAGUGUUUAACCGGAGUACGGAAAUGACAGAGGCCUUGCAAAUACACUUUUACUUCAAACUACAAUUGUGAGUUCACUGAAUCUGAGAACAUUGCUUUUUCCACUGUAACAUUACUAACUACCUCAACACACAGAAGACGAGGGAAUUUCCAAAAGCAAAUCUGUGAUUUUUACAAGCUGGCACUCUGAGCGUGUCUGCAACAUGCGCGAGAAGACAACAUUUGCAGUAUUAAGAGCACUUUGAGCUUUUUGCAGACUGGAUCUGUCAAAAAAAUAUAUAUUUUCAGAAAUUAUAUCUUUUUUUCCCCCCUUUUUCUUUUGAAGAGUUGUGCAUUGUUUUACACUCGCUGUUGAUCAGUGUUUUUGUUUUUUGUUUUGAGUUUCUUUUUUAUGUCACGUUCUGUAUAUCUAAUUUUUGCAUUUAAUGAAUUCUGAUUUUUUUUUUUUCCUGCUUGCCCAUUUAACUUCUUUAAAUUGACUUAGUUCAUUGAGUGUCUGUCUGAAAAGCAGCAGAGCAAAAAAAGUUAAAUUGUAUGAAGGGUUAAAACAAUUGACACCUCCAUAACAAAGGCGCAUGCAACAUUUUCCAGAUACUUCAGCUGGCUUCAGAAGUACAAGUUGUGAACUGCAGCAGGGCUGCACUGAAUACUAAAAAUCCCUAAGUCAGCAAAUCUGCUGCCUUUCUCUCUGCUCAUACAGAUUACACAGAGACUGCCUUUUGGAAAUGCCUUUUACAAAACCUAUGUAUGCAGAACUCCUCUAUUAUUUCACGUAGCUGAGCAAUUGGAAGCAUAUAUUUUUGUGGCACAGCUAUUUUAGGUUUAGACGCCUGCGAAUAUAAGGACACCUAUGUAUUGCUGUAGUGCGCAAGAAAGUAAAAUGGACUACAAGAGGCGUUUUUUGCUUGGCGGGUCCAAGCAGAAGGUACAACAACAUCAUCAGCAGUACCAGAUGCCUGAGCUCAGCCGGACUCUGAGCGCGCCUUUGGCAUCAGGUACCGCUGGAUCUUCUCUAGCUUCCUUGGCUAAUGCAGGGAGCUGCCCUCACUCCUCUGCCCACACCACCCCAAUUGCAGACAUCCAACAGGGUAUCUCCAAAUACCUAGAUGCCCUCAAUGUUUUCUGUCGCGCCAGCACUUUCCUCACUGACCUUUUCAGUACAGUUUUCCGUAACUCGCACUACUCAAAGGCAGCUAUGCAACUGAAAGACGUGCAGGAACAUGUCAUGGAGGCCGCCAGCCGACUCACUGCAGCAAUAAAGCCCGAGAUAGCAAAAAUGCUGAUGGAACUGAGUGCUGGAGCCGCCAAUUUUAAAGACCAGAAUGAGUUCAGUCUGCAGGACAUUGAGGUGUUAGGUCGCUGUUUUCUGACAGUGAUGCAGGUUCACUUCCAGUUCCUGUCCCAAGCAUUGCAGAAGGUUCAGCCUGUUGCACACUCUUGUUUUGCUGAAGCAAUUGCGCAAGAAAGGAAGAAUGCAACCGGAGCAUCCGACACAAGUCCUACAAGAGAGCUAGAAAAUGCAGUAAGAUCAUGGAGAGGAGCUUCUGAGGCAACUUGCAGACUCCGUGAGAGAGGUUGUGAUGGCAGUUUGGCUGGUAUAGAAGUUCAGCAGCUCUUCUGUACCCAAAGUUUAGCAAUCCCUGAACAACAACUGAAGGAGCUGAAUAUGAAAAUAGACAGUACAUUACAGGCUUAUAAAAUAGCAUUGGAAAGUUUAGGUCACUGUGAAUAUUCAAUGAAGGCUGGCUUUCACAUAAAUCCUAAAGCUAUUGAAGAAAGUUUACAGGGCUGUUGUAGUGAAGCUGAGGCCCAGCAAGCAGGAAGGAGGCAGACACCUCCUCAACCAAUACAGUGUGAGCUUCCAACUGUACCGGUCCAGAUUGGCUCCCACUUCCUGAAGGGAACAUCUUUCAAUGAGUCAACAACAGAAAACCUGAAACUGAAAACUCAUGCAACUUUGCAACUUAUAAAAGAUGCUGACGGACACAAUGGAAUCAGCGAGAGAGAUGAAUCUAUUGUGACUGAGGUUCUCAAUCAAGUCUGCCCUUCUACUUGGCGAGGUGCUUGCAAAACUGCAGUGCAGUUACUAUUUGGCCAAGCAGGUCUGGUGGUGGUUGAUACGGCACAGAUUGAGAAUAAAGAGGCAUAUGCUCCACAGAUUAGUGAAGGUUCAAGGAUUAUUGUGCAAGUCCCAUCCACAUGGUGUUUGAAGGAGGAUCCAGCAACAAUGUCUCUUUUACAACGAAGUCUUGAUCCAGAAAAAACGCUGGGACUGGUUGAUGUUCUGUACACAGCUGUGUUUGAUAUUAACAGACGGAAGGAGGGUCGGGAGCAGGCACUACCAAUUAUACAAAUUCAGCUGCAGCGUGAAAUCUCAGAGUUUGGAAAUCAAAUUGAUCACCCACAUGGGAAUUGUAGCAAAUCCACAGGAGGACUGCAGAAGACCUUUUCUAAAUUGACUUCAAGGUUCACAAAGAAAGUUUCGUGUAGUAGCUCAGGUCACAAUGGGAGCUAUUCUGUCCCACAGACUUCUUCCAAAAAUGUCUUAACUACUACUAACUCGGAAGAAAAGGCUAAACACCCCAUUAACAUGGACUCAAAGUUACAAAGCAUCCUCAAUAUCGGCAAUUUUCCCAGAUCGACAGACUCUUUGCAAAGUACAAAUAGCCAGCUUGCUAAUGGUUUUCUUGUCGACAAACGGGAAGAUUUUUUUAAAGGAGAUGAUCUGAAGGAUGACAAAGGAAUGAAUUUACCCACUGACCAAGAAAUGCAGGACGUUAUUGACUUUUUGUCAGGCUUUAACAUGAGUAAAUCCCAGCAGACUUCCCCUGUGGUCAAGAGAAGGAACUCUACAACAUCAGCUGGAGCUCCAGAGCAGAAACAGGGGACAGUGAAACCACCAUCACAGCCUGUAUCCCAUGCUCCAGUGCAUCCUCCCCAGCAGGGAUUGCUACAGCAACCACCACAGCUGCAGUUACCACAAAAGCAGCAACUGCAGUACUACCAGCAUUUAUUUCAGCCAGUUAGUCAGCAACAACAAUCCCAUGCUCCAGGAAAGUGGUUAAAUAGUUCCUCACAGCAGCCAACCCAAGCUGUAGGAAGUGGGUUGUCUCCUCUUAGUCAGAUGAAUCAAUGGAGCAACCAAGGUCUCUCUGAUCUUAGUCCUGACUUGUAUAGCUUGGGCCUUGUAAGCAGCUUCAUGGAUAACAUGAUGUCAGAGAUGUUAGGACAGAAACCACAAGGACCAAGGAAUAACACCUGGCCGAACCGUGACCAAAGUGAAGGUGUAUUUGGGAUGCUUGGAGAUAUUUUGCCUUUUGAUCCUGCAGUUGGCUCAGAUCCCGAAUUUGCACGUUAUGUGGCAGGGGUCAAUCAAGCUAUGCAACAAAAGCGGCAAUCACAGCAUGUUCGACGUCCAAGCACCACUCGUAACUGGCCUCACCAUGAUGAUGCUCACAGAACAUGGCCAUUUCCUGAGUAUUUCACUGAAGGUGAUGUCAUGAACACCAGCUGGUCAGGUACUCAGGGAGACUCUGCCAGCUCGAGUGACGAGACCUCAUCAGCUAAUGGAGACAGCCUGUUCUCUAUGUUCUCAGGGCCAGAUCUUGUUGCUGCUGUAAAGCAGAGAAGGAAACACAGUAGUGGGGAGCAAGAAACAAGCACGCUGCCAUCACCACCCCUACUCUCUACAGUAGAUGAUCUCAAUCAGGAGAACAAAACCAAAACAUGGCCACCAAAGGCUCCAUGGCAGCAUUCAUCUCUCACCAACACACUGCCCAAUCAAAGCUCUGCUUUGUACCAGAUGACGAAUCCUGUGAGCCAAUGGAAUGAUACGAUGCAAAUACUACAGUCACCAGUUUGGUCUACAUCUAGUGACUGCACUCCACCAACAGGGAUCUCCUCCACAUUUGCCUACGCUCAACAACAAUCGCAGCAAGCCACUCAGCACAAGCAGAUAAAUAAGGGCUUCAAAUCCUUCCCAAUGAAACACGAGCGCAGACCAUCAUACUUGCACCAGUUCUGACAUGAGUUACUAGGGCAACAGCUAAUUCACCUGCACUCUUGUGAUUAAAGCACCGUUUUACUUGCAGUUUAAAGGUCUAAAAGCAGUGAUUUUUGUUUUUUAGUUAACUGUGAGUGAAGGCUGUAUGUAAAAAGACAUAAAAGACCAGAAUAUUUGUUGUUGAUUCUUAUUUUACUUUUUUAUGCUGUGCUUAAAUAUUAGCACAAUAAUUAUUAGACUAUUCCUGUUUCACAAAUACAGCAAAUGCAAUGGUCUUGUAUGUCCUUGAUGUCACCAGUUUCUUGCUGCUUUAGUAGCAGGAGCAACAGUGUGUUUUUUGCCAUAGAAUAUUAUAUAACCUAAUCCUUAUUUUACAACAGAUCGGGUCAUGACUGUUAAAAGCUUUAUUUUGCUUUAUUGUGUAAUUAAAACAUGACACAAGCAAAAGUAAAAUGUGUAUAAUGAGGUCUCUACUUUGUGAUAAGUGGCUGAGAAUGUGCAAGUCAUUUUGUGUUGGCUUUGGUGGAGUUUCAGACCUUGUAUUCUGUGCCAUUAAAACACUACAGAUUUUACAAGCCCGUUUGCAUCUCAGCUUGCUUGUCACAUUGCCAUGUCUUAUAUUAAGUAGAAGUGUGACUGCAUCAAUUAAAUCUGUUGCCAGCACUUUUAGAAAACAGUUUCUAAAACAUACUAUCAAUGCCUUAUAUGGGAUGUCCUUUUUUUGUGUACUUUAAGUGUAUCACCAGGUAGUGGUUGCACAGUUAAAAAUAUUAUCUUAUACAGGCCUUUACAGUUUUAUACCAUGUAAUUUCAAAGGCUUAAAGGGACAUUUAACCAUUUUUUUUUUGUUAAAUUUAAAAGAGGGCAUUUAGCACAUUUUUCUUUUCUGAAAAUAAAUACAUCUUGUGCUGUGUAUGUGACAGCUAAUCAGUAAAGCUGUGGGAGUUGUCCUUACCAGCCAGUUAGCACUCUUAUUUGUGCUCAAAUAUGCACUUAUUUUUACUUUUAAAAUGAAACAAUUUAUAUGUUAAAAAACAAUAAUGUUAACCGGUUGAAAUGCUACUCUUUCAUAUGCAGAUUAUUUUUUUUUAAUGCAAUGUCCCUUUUAAGAAGUUGUCUUUGGUUUAUAAGACACUUCCAAACAUCUGUAUCUGACGAUGGCAAACAUUUUUACACAGUAGUCUGCACAAUUAUUACUUACAUUAUCUAGUUUGAGGGGCCAUGAUCUAUACCCGUGGACCUCAAGAUAAGUUUGACUUUUAUUAUAAACUAAUACACCUUUGUAACCACAGAGAUCAAUGUCUCAAGCGCCUGAUAUAGGAAAUAUUUUUUUCUUUUCUUAACAUGGGAAGGUAGGUUGCUUUUUUUCCUAGCAGCUAUGGGAAGUGUCUAGAUUUUUCGAUUAUUUAGCUUUUUUUGUGAUUGAAAUAUCCACUUGUGCAAUGUGAUUGUGAAUGGCAGGUUCCUGCAUCUAUUCCAGCUCAUACACCAUCAAUCUCUCCUUCCCUAGGAGAUUUAAAAAUAAAUCUCCUUAUCUUUUGUAUCUCAUUUUUAUAUGUACAUUUGAUAUUGUUCUCUUUGGCCAAAGGCAUUAUGCACACAGGACUCCUAAAGAGUACAUAUUUCACAAUUCUUCUGGAGUAAAAAUAUAAAAAAAAUGAGCUGGCUCAGAAAUAUCAAAAGUUUGAGAGUAGCAAUUAGUUUAAAUGGAAAACUAUAUUUUUUAAUGAACUGAGCAUAAUGUCAUAUUAGAUGUGCCAUUGGACCUGAACAACCUGUGGAAUUAGGAAUUUUCUUCCAACCAAAGUUGAUCUAGAAAAUGCAAAUGGUGCUUAAAAGUAAAUUUAAAUAGAAUAUGUACAGAUAUCCCAUUGUACCUUAAAUGAGGUUACAGAAUAUACUAUAUAUAGUUUAUAUGUAUUGAAAACAAAAUGUCAUUUCAUCUUUCGAAGAAGUUUAACAUUUAAAUCCAAUAUUUUCUAUUACAUAAAGUAUUGACAGUAUUAACCUUAUUUUUGUAUUUUAUUAAAUUGUUAUCACUAAUAUAUGUUAACUCAAUAUGAGUAACAAGUUGUUUUGCUGAAGUGUAUUGCCAUAUAGACUUUUGUUUUUUUGAAUGGAGAUGGUAAAGCACAUUUUUCAGUUCCAUGUUUUGUUUUUUUUGUUUGUUUUUUUACAGACUUAAAGUUUAUCUAAUUAUACCAAAAAAUAUGUAUAAAACACUAAACUAUUUAAAAAAAAUAUAUAAAAAUGGGGCAUUCAACCCCUUUCAUUUUACUUGUUUGUACAGUAAUAGAUUUGGCGGCGGGCCCGGAAUGUUAUCUUUCAUGUUAAGUGAGGAAGCCAAGGUUGCCUGUAUUUAUACUGCGCCAGAUUUCCCCCAAAAUGUCACGCUUACCAUGUUUACAGAGACUUGUUUGCUGUAAAUAGACUUUUCUAGUGAUGUGUUCUGCACAAUCAGUGUGUUGCUUUUGUCUGUAAUUUGUCUUACAACUUCUGUACUACUUGUUUUGAAGAUCUGCUACAAAAAAAAAAGUUUAAAAAAAAGUCUAGUGGUUGUUUAGAAUUUACAAAUGGUUUUCUUUCAGUUUCCAGAUGCUGAAUAAAAAACUGUUCUUCAAAUACUGAACCCACCAACUUUUGCACUUAACAGCCCUUAUUUUGUCAGAACUAUGGUCUUCGUUCCAAUAGACAUAUAUAUUUGUAUGAAAACCAAUGUUUCAAAGUGCCAACCCAAUGUACGCAGGUUAUAUAUAUUUUUUACUUGUAUUUUGGAGUCUUCUAAAUUAAAUGUGUGGAAACUGAAAUUUGAAACCAUUUUUAUACGUUAAAGCUUUGACCAUGUAGGUGCUAUGUUUUUCUGCUUCCAAUUGUUCUGAACACUGGUCAUUUAUAUACCGGGUUGCACUUGGCAAAGACGUCUUGCCAUACAAUUUCACUUGGUCAAUUACACUGCCAAGUGCAGGGGUUUGGUGCUUCUCAAGCGUAACCCUUCUAUUGCAAUGCUUCUUGUUUAUAGUUAACACUUAUAAACUGGAACUGUACAAUUUGUAUUUUACUUCUAAAGCUCCUGUAAGUAAAAUAACUAUUUGCUUUAUUAAAGAUAUACAUUUAA